AAGAUGCAAAUAUGAUAUUUAUGAAAAUUUUACGUAUAAAAUGUUAAAAAAAUAUAAAAGAAGAACUUCUUCAACGUUUUUAUUUUAAAUUAUGUUGAUUUUUAGCAAUUAUUACGAAUUAAAAUUACGUUAAACGAAACGCAUUUCAAAACACCAAUCAGCGUUCAGUGACGUCACUCGUGCUGUGUCAACUUUUAGAAGUUAACUUUGCGAUUAAUAGGCAGUAGUGCUUUAUUUACGUAUUAUUUACGUUUUUAAUAAAAAUGGAAGUUAGAUUUAAUAAAACAGAUUCCAAAAAUUUACCAAAAAAAAAUUUUUUGUCGUGAGUGCAGAGUUUUCAAGUGUAGAAAUGAAAGGCACUAAAUUAGUACGGUAUGCAUGAAUGUUUUUAAACGUUGUUUGCAUUUUAUUCAGCAAUUUCUAAACAAAACAUAGCAGUUAUAAUUUAGCUCAACGAGAGAAUCUUACGGCGAUAACGCAAUCGGUUAUGUGCAAAUUAAAAGAGAUGGAGAUGGAUUAAUUAUGUACAGUGAAAAGUCGAGUUACUCCAGAGCACAAAGUACGAAAAGAAGGUUAUCGUGUUACAGCUGUAAUAAAUGAAGCACAAAGCUUAGUUCUGUCCUGCCAAUGCGAAGAUUGUGCAGCUUCUGCAGGUGGGUGCAAGCAUGCUGCUGCACUAUUGCUAUGGUGCACAGAAGGUCUGAGCAGCCUCUAAUUACGUCCGUCACAUGCUAUUGGAAGAAGUCGAAAUUAUCUAUAUGUGCUUCUGGAAAAUCUGUCAUAAAAGCCAAAGAAAUGGGUUAAGUUUCAGUCAAUCACAGUUUCUCUCAAGUGGAUAUUUUAUAAGAAUUUGUAGAUGCUGUCAAUAAAAAAGAUUGUCAGGGAAGUAUUCUUCGCUACUUUCAAUAAGACAAGCAUUCAUAAGGUGUGUUCAAGCUUGAUUGGAAAGUUGGACUCUCCAGAAUCAUUUCUUGAAGCAUUAUCAAAGCAAAUGACCACUGAUAAUAUAAAUAUGGUAUUUUCCACCACCAAACAACAAAGUGAUUCACCAAUGUGGUUUGAGUUGAGGUACGGCAGAAUUACUGGCUCAACUCUUUAUGAAGCCGCUCACUGUAGAACUAUAAAUGGUUCCCUUCUGAACGCAAUUAUGGGAGAACAUUCAAAAUUUACUUCCAUUGCGAUGAGUAGAGGGAAAAUACUAGAAAAAAAAGUUCUCAAAGUAGUAAGCAAGAAAGAAAAGAUUGAAAUUGAAGAAGCUGGACUACUUCUUAAUGCCGAGUAUCCUAUUUUUGGAGCAACACCUGACGGGCUUACUGAAAAUUAUACAAUAGAAGUCAAAUAUCCUUCAACCGAAGCUGCCAUACUUUCCUAUGUGAAAUACAAUAAAAUAACACCAAAAUGUUGUGUGCCGUAUGAUAACAGCAUUGUAUCUGUAAUGAAUAUUGCAAAGAAAUUCUGGAUAGAUGCUGUAUUUCCGAAAUUAAAAGAUAUAUAUAAUAUAUAAGCACAUUUUUUUGUUUUUCAAAUAUUUCAUAAAUUUAUUAAAUAAAACUAUGCUUCGAAAAUAUUGUUUUUUAUUCAAUUUUAAUUAAAGGUGAUUAACAAGUGCACAACAAAUGAUUAUACUAUAGUCUAUUUGGGGUAUGAGAAAAUGAUCUACACAGGCAUUUAGAAACUUUGUUAAAGUAGAUGGACACAUAGGCACAAAACAUGAAUCAACACGACUUUUUAUCCGAAUUUUUUCGGUAUUAUGUCUUGUAAUCACUUGAUGUGGAUGGAUAUUCCAUUUUAAAUUAUUACAAAAAACUUAGUGGAAAGUCGAGAAAACUUGCAAUUUAUGAUAAUCAACCAGUGUUUCCACUAUAAAAAUUUUCUUUCCCCAUGCCUCAAUUCCGAUUUCCCCUUUUCAGAACUUUUUUCCCCUCAAAAAUUAUUUUGCUGUAGUUUUGGCACUUUUGUUGUAACUAAAAGUUUAAUUUUUAAAUAUAUUUUUUAUAAAUAUAUACGGGACAAAUUACACUGAUUGAGUUAGCCUCGAAGUAAGUUCGAGACUGUGUUACGAGAUACUAACUCAACGAUACUUUGUAUAUUUUAUAAUAAAUACUUAUAUAGAUAAACAUCCAAGACCCAAACCAAUCAGAAAAAGUUCUUUUCUCAUCAUGCCCUGACCGGGAUUCGAACCCGGGACCUCUGGUGUCACAGACAGGCGUACUACCGCUGCGCCAAAGAGGCCGUCGAUAUAAUUUUAUAUAUAAUAAAAAUUAAUAUAUGAUUACCUAAAAUUUCCCCUUUUUCUUCCCCUCUGGACCCUGAUUACCCCUUAAAAGGGGAAUUUCCCCUCAUUGUGGAAACACUGUAAUCAACGAAGGCAAGCACGACCAGUGUCAGACACGUGUGACGUCAUUGGAAGUGUAGGUCCGUUUUGGCGCGAAAAUUUAAACGAUCAGUUUAAAGCCGCAUUUUUUUACGAUA